CUUUCUCAGUCCACCUGUCCGCUGGGUUACCUGCAGCACCUUCUUUGGCCUGCUCAUUCUCCUGAAAGGCUGAAAUCCACACACAGAGGGAAAAAGAAAAAGCCAUGAGGAGGCAAAAGAGAAGUUUGGAACUUGGAUUGAGACUAUUACUCAGCUGUGCAUUUCUCUCCAGCUCCCACUCUGCAGCCGUGGAAGAUGUAAGCACAGGAGGAACAACACUGUGCGGCGUGCCCUCCAUGGGUCGAAUCAUCGGUGGCAUGAAUGCCCAGAGGGGACAGUGGCCCUGGCAGGUCAACCUUAACUUUGACGGUCAUCACGUCUGCGGAGCCACCCUCAUUGCCCCACAGUGGCUGGUCACAGCCGCGCAUUGUUUUCCUCCAGUGAAUCCCAUAGAUAGAUAUGAGGUGACCUUGGGGGCCUUCCAGCUUAAAAACCCCUCGGAUGAUCUUGUGGUGAAACUGGUCCAGGAAGUGCUGAAACACCCCGAAUACACCGACGACGAGGGGUCGAAAGGCGACAUUGCCCUCGUAAAACUUAAGGAACCGGUCUCCUACUCUCGGACUAUCCGGCCCAUCUGCCUGCCCGCCUCUACUGUCAAUUUCCCCAGUGGAAUGAAAUGCACCGUCACCGGCUGGGGAAACAUCCUCACAUCCACGAGCCUUCCUUCACCUAUGACGCUUCAGCAGCUUGAAGUGCCUAUCAUCGGGCUGGAUACUUGCAAGUGCCUCUAUAGCAAGGACCCAGAUCCUGAAGACCCUCAUGUCCUCCACAAUGAUAUGAUGUGUGCUGGCUUUGCUGAGGGAAAAAAGGAUGCCUGUCAGGGUGAUUCUGGAGGACCCCUGUCUUGCCGUAUCGACAAUGCUUGGUUGCUGGCUGGAGUCGUGAGCUGGGGCGAUGCCUGUGGGGCCGCCAACAGACCCGGCGUCUAUAUCCGCACCGCAGCCUAUGCUGACUGGAUUAAGGAGAAGGUUCCCGAGGUGGAGCUCAGCAAUGUGGUUGCCAACGUGGAACCGGUUUCUGAACAAGGCAUGUGCUCCAAUACUUCUAGCACUAGUCAACCAGGACCUUACGAUCAUAUUCAGCCCGAACCCGGGUGGAACCGUCCCCUCAACCCCAGCCAGCCUCCCAGAGGCAGCGCAGCCCCUUGGCUUCCAUCAGCCAGCCUGACCCUCCUUUUCCUUCUCCUCCAGAGUUUCUAUUAUCUUCUCUGAAUUGCACUACAAGUGUGCUCCAAUUGUGUAGGGAGAAUGUCCCCUUCCUACUCCCAUACUCAGUGGAAGGUCCCACUAUUUCACAAUUUCACACCUUUAAGAAAAAGUUUGCGUUCUGAGCGUAUUUAAUUCUGUUUUUAAAUGGCAACGUUUUGCUAGUGCAGAGGUUUCUAUCAAGCCUUGGGUUUCAGCCCAAUGUUUACCUCAUAGGCACACCUUGAGCCUCCGCCUGCUAUGUGCUUUUUAUGUGCCAACAGAAAAUAAUGGUUCAUGUUUCAAGUUUCUUUUCAUUCUUGGCAAUCUCACUCUUUGGUUUGUGUGUUUGUGUUUGUGUGUUUAAUUUCACAUCAUGGAAUAAUGCAAUUUCUUAACACCGAAUGGCCGUCCAUUUUACAACUUUGCUUUUGAUUCCCUUAAUGUUGUAACGUUCCAUUUGAUGGCUUGCUAUCUGAGUCUAAUGUCAGACUAAUAAUGUGUUUUCCUUGUCCUGUUUUCUUUCAACUAAUUCCUUAAAAAAAACUCAACAACCCUGGACCUCAAUCUGCUCCAUGUAGAUAUUCCUCUUCUUCCCUUCCUGUAGUCUUUCCAACCUUGAUAACCAGUCUGCUUAGUAUGAGGGUUGAAUGAAAAGUAAUGCCUCCACCUUCGUAACUCCUCAACAGAUGGCAGUACUGGUAUGCAGGUACUGGCUUGUUCAGUAGACUCUCCUCUACAGUUUCAUUUUGGUGGGAAGCCUUAGCAUUGAAUGGUUGUGUUGUUAAAGUAUGGAACCCUGCGCAGACUGUCGCUCAAUGCGACUUAAGCAAUGUGCAGUCAUUGAAUUCUUGACAGCAGAAGGUGUCACCCCAAAUUUCAAGCAUAAUUGGCAUUUCACAAGAACGUGUGGGUCCCAUUAUUGCUUUGCUUGGCUAUCGGAAGAUCUGUGCACGAUGGGUACCCAGGAUGCUGGCGCCUGAAAUGAAAGAGCACAGACUUCUUCCAUGACGGCUUCAGAAAACUUGUUGUUGUUAUUAUUAUUAUUAUUAUUAUUAUUAUUAUUAUUAUUCACUUUAUUUAUACCCCGCAAAAUGUCCCGUAGGACUCAAUGCGGCUUACAAAGGCCAAGGCCGCCAACAAUCAACAACAUACAAUACACAAUAAACUCAUAAGCAAAUAAUAAAACAUCAAACAAAACAAUAAACAGUAAGACAAUGACACCGGGACACAAUUAAAACCAAAGGCCGGGCCAAAUGUAAUGGACAAAAUUUAAAAUGCUGAACUUGACAGGUAAUAUGUAGAGGUAUAUGGAGGUAGAUGCAAUGUGCAGAUAAUCCUGAGUCUCUAGCAAAGUGCAAUUGGGACUUGAAACCAGGAGUUCAUCAUUGGCAGAAAUGUAUCCAAUUGUCUGGCGAUUAUGUGGAAAAUUGAAUAGUGGUAGUUAAAGAGCACAUUCUAAGGAUUAUUUCUGCGUUUGAUUUAUUAAAAUAUUCCCAUCCAAAGCCAAGUAAUGAAGGUGCAGGUAUUACUUUUCAUUCAACCCUCGUACUUAACUACGGUGGCUACAAUCAUGGCUCCCCUUGGUAGCCCUUUUGCUUCUUAAACAUUCAGUUUGAGUCUAACAAGAGUCCACAGAUGUGCAGAUUUGUCUGGUCUGAAGCUAAAUGAGCCAUGUUUUCCAAGUUGCAUUGGCAGUCAAUCACAGACUCCAAACCAUUGUGUGCUAACCCAAAGGUCUUGAUACUUCACAAGACAGGAAUCGUCAGCUAUUCCUACCUAGAUACACUUGAAAGGCAAUUUUGGGAGUCUGUUUUGCCAGGUAGACAUUACCUGAGUCUAUGGUAGAGAUUAUGAGUGGAAGGCACCUAUGAGAGUAUCUUGACAGGCCUCCUGUCUAUAUUUAUACAGAUUUGAUCAACAACACUGGUGGAGAAGAAUGUUCAGUGGCACCUGCUCUGCUCUCUGCUUUUUGGAUUUUGCUGGCCAGCUUGUUUGUGGCGU